GUUGUGGUCCAAAUUCUCGCGAGCUCUGUGUGUCGUUGAGCGGGUUGUAAACAUGGCGUUGGAAGCCUGGUACAUGGACAACUCUGAUGAAGACCAGAGAAAGCCGCACAAGCUCGACCCGAAUCGACCCGUUUCGUUGGAGGAGUUAAAACAGCUUGGCGUUUUUUACUGGAAGCUCAAUGCGGACAUCUAUGAAACAGACCCAGAACUGCAAUGCAUCAGGAAAGAGCGAGGCUACUCCUUCAUGGACAUCAUCACAAUUGAGAAGAACACACUGACAAACUACGAGGAGAAGUUAAAGAUGUUCUAUAAGGAACACUUGCACUUGGAUGAUGAGAUUCGCUACAUCCUUGAUGGCCAGGGCUACUUUGACAUAAGGGACAAAGAAGACCGCUGGAUAAGAAUUGCCAUGAAGAAAGGUGACCUCAUUUCCCUGCCAGCUGGUAUCUACCACCGCUUCACCAUGGACGAGUUGAAUUACACUAAGGCUAUGAGGCUGUUUGUCGGGGAGCCAGUGUGGAAAGCCUACUACAAGCCAGCGGAAGACUAUGAGAUACGAAAGAAAUAUCUGGCUUCACUGCAGGAUGAUUGAAAAAGCGCAAGACUGCAGUCUGUGAUUUGGGAAUUCUGAUCAGAACAUGAUUCCGCGAUUACACAUUUUCAUGUUCCCCAAGAUGCAAUUACACUACACAAACUGAA